AUGAACACGGACAUCACCGCGUCGACGAAGCCGGAGUACCCGGUGGUGGAUCGGAACCCGGCCUUCACCAAGGUGGUCGGCAACUUCUCCGCGCUCGACUACAUGCGCCUCUCCACUAUCUCCGCCAUCUCCGUCACCGUUGGCUACCUCUCCGGGAUCAAGCCGGGGAUCCGGGGCCCGUCGAUGGUCACGGGCGGGCUCAUCGGGGUCAUGGGAGGGUUCAUGUACGCCUACCAGAACUCCGCCGGCCGCCUAAUGGGAUUCUUCCCCAACGACGCCGAGGUCGCGCGCUACAAGUACAAGCUGUAG